AUGAGUUCACAGACUUCACAACUUGAUUCCAGUGUAGUCGAAGUACAAAUUAAGCCGUCUUAUUAUAUUCUGCCUAGUGUAUCCACCUUCUGUCAAGCUAAUCAACUAUGUUAUAACCACGGAUUUUCAGUUGGUAAACAAUUGACAUUACCAAGGAAAGAAGAUUUAAAAUAUUUGAAUAUAAGUGGAAAUACACUUUCAUUUUGGAUGGUAUAUAGCACUUUGUUAGCUUCACAGUAUGAUAAACCAAUAACAUGGAGAUAUUAUGAUCCAUCUCUAAAGAUUAUUGAUAUAGAUCAACUGAGAUUCACAAAGUUUCUACCAUCUAAUUUUAAAAGUAUUGAAUGUUGUCUAAUCAGUUAUGGUUCAGUAGAGUCAUUUGAAGUGGUGGCUUGUAAGACUAUGCGAACAGUGAUAUGCAUUGAACAAAUCCAUAUGAAUGUUAAAAAAUACUUGAAUAUUGAUUCAGCUAUCUCAGUAAAGAGGUUUAAGUCUGAGAGAUUAACUAUCACCGGUCCUGUAUUAUUCAAUGAUUAUGGACAUGGUUGUUAUACAACACUGGCUAGAAAUACUGUAUUACAGUGCACUAUUGAGUAA